AAAGCGAAAGAGCGUGAGGGAGCGCAGUUCAGCGCAGGUAGUGUGCGGCCGAGGGCAGGUACCAGGCAGCUUGCGGGGUACUGCUGCUCCUCGCUUUCUACAUUAUCUUUCUUGUCUGUUUCGUGCAAUAAUAAUAAUAAUUAUUAUUGCAAUUUAUACAUUUAUUAUUAAUAAGUAAUAAUAAGUAGUAACAAGUAAAACAAAGUAAUGGGGGCUUUCCAGUCCGUGCAUCAGGAGGAUAAUUAUGAAGACCUUGCGACCAGGACAGGAUUUUCCCCGGAGCAGAUCCGAAACCUCCACCGACGCUUCAAGCAUCUGACCCAAAACGGAGACAAGCUCAGACGAGAUCAUUUCAGGGUCAUUUCGGACCUGGAGUUGAACCCCAUCCAGUCCCAGAUUAUUGAAGCGUUCUUCGAUAAAAGGAACUUCCAGGGCAACGGCAGGGGCACUGUGUCGGAGAUCGGCUUUGAGGAGUUCCUGAUCGUCAUGUCCUACUUCCUACCAACAGAUCCAAACCUCACAGCCGAGGAGCGAGAGAGCUUCCGCCAGCGGAAACUCCACUUCCUCUUCAACAUGUAUGACACUGAUGAUGACGGCAAGAUCACCGUGCAAGAGUACAGGCAUGUGGUUCAGGUGCUGAUCUCACAGAGCGACAACUUAGACCAAGAGGAGGCGAAGGAGAUAGCAGACGCAGCCAUGCUGGAGGUGGCCAGCCUCGCCGUGGUUCACAUGGCACCAGAUGAAUUCUACGAAGGAAUCACUUUUGAACAUUUUGUGAAGAUUUGGAAAGGAAUCGAGAUUGAGAUGAAGAUGCAUGUUCGUUUCUCACACUUGGAAACCACAAGUAUCUGUAAAUAAGGAUCCAGAUAAGUUAUGGAACCUUCUGGUAAAGUCAUGUGACAUCAACAUUUAUUCUCGGCUGCUCACCGCCAUCCAUCACACAGAUGGGACAAAGCACUUUUCAGUACCAUCUUCUAAAAAUAUUUUUAGAAGUACCAAGAAGGAUCCACUUUAACCUCCAGACCCACUUUAAGGUUGAUGAUUUGUAUGUUCAGAGUCGCCAUUCUGCCCACCACUGCUGGGCAGGGCUGUUAUUUUUGCACGUGUGGCCUUCCUGUUAGCUUUAACGAGUCUGGCCAUUCUCCUCUGACCGUUCUCAUUAACCAGGGGUUUUUGGCAACAGAAAUGUCACUGAUUGGAUGUUUUGUUAACCACACAAUUCUCUGUAAACACUAGAAACUGUUGUAUGUGAAAAUCCCAGGACUGGGGUUGUUUCUGAAAUGCUGGAACCGUCACGUGGCACCAACAAUCAACUACAUUCAAGAAUGCUUAGCCAGUCUAACACUUAAGCGCACAGUAAGUGAAUGUCUUUACCACGUCUGCGUACUGUAUGCAUUCAGCUGCAGCCGCAUGAUUGGCUGCUUGCAUUAACCAGCAGGUAUACCUAAUAAAAGUAAUUUAUACACCA